AUGCAGCGUGGCGCUUGCAGGCUAGUAAAGGCCGUAGAUCGUGACCAGACCUUCGUCGAGCUGCAGUACAAUAUUUUGAAGGAGUUCGAAGAGGAUCCCGAGCACAGCGGUCCGACGUUCCGCAAGAUCGUGGCAGGCGCCAUAAGCGCGCUGUCAGGCGUCAAAUCGCCUGAGUCGCCGGUGGAGCUCAACGCAGAAUGCGUGGUUAUGCUGGAAGACAUCGCAGCGUUUUGCCGGAAAGCGUACCCAUGGCCGUUGGUGAAGCUGUUGUUGCUCGUGGUGUGGAGCCACGCCUUCGAUGAGGUGUAUGAACUGGAGCAAUCGCGCACUGGCAAAGUACAAAACAAAGAAGAAUUCUGCGAGGAGCGGCGCUUGUCUCUUUCGCUGCUCAGCGACUUCGAAAGCCCGCCUCUUACCCUGCAGCGUCUGACCGAGAUCACGCUGCGGCAGCCGUACACGACGGUCAGCAAGCUGGUGCAUGCGUAUCGGAAAUCGGUGUUGGUGCGCCCUUUGACUGAGGCGGAGGUGGGCACUAAGUUCGCCCUCACGAGCGAACCGUCGGAAGCCGAUGACAUAGAGGUGAUGAGGCCGGUGGAGGCUACAUUGAGCUCCUGGGCCAUGCUGCUGCAGAAGCCGAUUGCGUACCAGUGGGAUGAGGACAUUUGGUUGGGACUGUGGGAAUCGAAGCCGGUCGAAGAGUCGUCGGGUGCCAUUAAGCGCCCGUUGGAGGCGUGA